GCUAAUGGAGUGAACCAUUCCCAGCUCUCCCUUCUCCCUCUUUCUCCAUCUCCCCCUCGUCUGCAAGGUCUCCGCUGCUGGGAACUUGUUGGCAAUGCCUGUUUUUCAGCUUUCCCCCACGUUUUCCAGAGUAACUAUUUAAAGAUCUGCAGUCGCAAAUGGUUUUACUAAAUGUAGGAUGGGACUUAAGUUGAACGGCAGAUAUAUUUCUCUGAUCCUUGCUGUACAGAUAGCGUACCUGGUGCAAGCGGUGAGAGCAGCGGGGAAGUGCGAUGCGGUCUUUAGGGGCUUCUCGGACUGUUUGCUCAGGCUGGGCGAUAACAUGGCCAACUACCCGCAGGACCUGGACGACAAGAGAAAUCUUCAAACGAUCUGCUCGUACUGGGAUGAUUUCCACUCCUGCACCCUCACAGCCCUCACGGAUUGCCAGGAAGGCGCGACAGAUCUUUGGGAAAAACUGAAAAGGGAAUCCAAAAACCUCGAUUUUCAAGGCAGUUUAUUUGAACUAUGCGGAGGAAGCAACGGGUCAGCUCCUUCCUUACUCCUCCCUGCCUUCCCCCUGCUCCUGCUGGCUCUCUCUGCAGCGUUAGCGACCUGGUUCUCCCUCUAGGAGGUCUUUCCUGGUAGAACACACAUACCCACCCCCACACACACUCUCCAUAUACUGGAUUUAUAGAGGAAGUGUCCAUCCGUUUUUUGGGGACCGUUGUGAUUAUCUGUGAUGAUGAAACAUCCAUAUAGGAUUGUGGAAAUGUUCUCUCUUUAUUUUGUGUUUUAUUUGCCAAAUGUUACCAAACAAUGAGCAACAAACAGCCAAAAUCGGACCUCAGCUUUAGUGUCUCUUCAAAUAAAAAUAGCAAACCCGAGCCCUUUGUGCUAAAGAAUCUCAGGAACGGCUUUGGGCCACCUAAUAUUAAUAAUCUUAAUAAAUAAUAAUAAUAAUAAUAAUAAUAACAACAACAACAACGAAAGAUGGGCUCCUCUUAUAAUAUGAAAGAAAACGAUGAGUUGAGAAAAAAGGCACUGGAAAUGAAUCCAAGAUUGAUAUCCACGUGUGAAGCAUAUGGUGAAUAACUCACAAUCUAUCAUCUUUCCUCCACAGUCGCUUGUUUUUUGGUCAUUCCACUGCAAAAAAAAAAAAAAAAAAAAAAAAGUUUUUUCCUCGAGGGGAAAAAAA